UCCUUUGUUUUUUGGGAAAAUAGGCGAUGACUCAACUUGGAAUAUGUUUAGUGCAUUAAUACUCCAUUUAUCCAAAGCUAAAUAAAUGACCAUCCGAACACGUCUCCAAAAUGUCAUAUUCAUGCAAUUAAAAGCCUGGACGAGUCUAGGUGGGAGGCUCCAAAUCGUCUUUGACUUUGGAUCUAAACAAAAAGGAUAGGUACAUUUGUUCCCUUGUUAUUAAGGCUUAGAGGGUAGAUUUACCUUCUUCAUCUCACCCCCUUGGCAGCUCAACAAAUUCGAUUACUUUAC